UCCUCUCCAGACACAAUAAACACAGCCGUGAUUGGGCGAGUCCCGCUUCUCCGGGAGCCAGCUUCAGCUCUCGCUUUUUGCUGUUAUGGCCACCGCCACUUGGCGCUACCGUGGGGACCCCGGCUCGGAACAGCCGGCGGUGCUAGUGCGGUUCUCCAACGGCAGGCUGCAGCGGACCGGCUCCAUGCGGUUCACCGUCUACCAAAACAGGGACACGGCACACCACCGGAAGAAGCACCGGAGGAUUUUGGUCUCAGAAACUGAAAGACUUUCAUAUGUGGGGAAUAACUUUGGCAGCGGAGCUAUGAAAUGUAAUUCCCUAUGCAGGUAUUUUAUUGGUGUGGUAGACAAGGACUCUGGGCAAAUGGAAGUGUAUAAUGCUGAAAUAUUCAACAUGCAGCCUUUGCUGUCAGAUAACUUAGUACCUGAUGACACAAAGGAUUAUCAGAAUAAAUCUUACAGGGAGAAGAUGGAUUUGUGCAUUGAGGCCUUUGGUACGAGCAAGCAGAAGCGAGCUCUGAACUCUCGGCGAAUGAAUGCAGUGGGCAGUGAUAUUUUGAACACAGCUGUGACAAAAGCAGCAGCAGACAUUAUAGAUGCAAAGGGAGUAACAGCUCUGAUCCAGGAUGUGGCCCAAGAUGAUGUACAGAACAUCUCUACCUUCCUUCCACCAUGUAAUGAAGAUGCUGACAAACCAGAAAAUGUUUACAAGUUUGAGGACAUUCUGUCCCCAGCAGAAUAUGAAGCAUUGCGGAUUCCAGCAGCAGCUUUUGUUAACAUCACUCCAGAAGAAAUCACCAAGAAAACACAAGAGAGAAGCCAUUGCUGCUUUGUUUUAGAAGAACUGAAGUUCCUGCCUGCUAAUGAGAAGAGCAGAGAUCACAAAGCCCGAUGCCUCUGGUUCCUGGACACCCUUAUUAAGUUCAGCUACCAGAAAGUGAUCAAAACAAAGUAUCCAAUGGGUCCUGAAUGCCCACAGAUUAUUAGCAGGAAACUAAUGAAGAAUUUCACUUCACUGACCUACAACAAUAGCAGUGUCCAGAAUUUAAUCUCUGCAUCAAUGAAGGCUAAAAUCACAGCAUAUGUUAUUGCAUUGGCUCUGCACAUUAACAACUUCCAAAUAGACCUCACGGUCCUGCAGAAUGACUUGAAGCUCCAAGAAAGCAGGAUGAUGGACAUCGCAAAGGCCAUGCGGUUGAAGGUCUCCAAGGCAAAGGGACUGCCAGAAUUUGAAAAUGAUCAGAACCACAAGCUGGGCACUCUUUCUCUCCCCUUGCCUAUGCAGAAGGCAUCAGGGAACCAAAAGAAGCGCAAGAAAAUGAACUAAAAUAUCUGGGAGGGGCAAACAAGUUGUUUUCUCAACUGCUGUUCCACAUCAUAGGAGUGCUUUUGUCUGUUGGAUUUGGCUGUCCAGCAUCAGCACAUAACCCUGCUGAAAUCCUCUCUCAAGGUUGGGUUGCAACAGAUGUUCACCUCAUUAAACUGCUUAUUUUUUUCAUUUAUGUAGAAAAAACUGUAGUAAAACCUUUUUCUUUUUUCCUGUCUGUAUGAGGGGAGAAAGAUGUAGGUUGUGCUGGAGCAAGAAAACAGCAGGUCCUGCACUGACUACUGAGGAUUUCCAGUACCUGGGAGAGAGACUGCUGGCUUAAUUUCUCUGUGUAUUCAGUCUAGUCUUGGGCUGCAAGGCUCAUUCCAAGUGUAUACUAAGCAAGCUUGUAGGAAUCUGGGGCUUGUGAAAAGCUGAGGAUUACCUCCAAGAGAAAAAGCUUUCGUGAAACAGGAACAUGGGCUGUCAGGAGCAGUCUUCUCUUUGAGGUGUUUUUCUCCAGAUUGUAAUUUGAGUUUAGUACAUAAUUCUGGGAUUUAAGAGUAACUCAUUGCACACCUUAAUGACUCACUACUCAUAGCUCUAUCACUUACUGUAGUGACAGAAACAUGCAGUUUUCUGAGUUAAGGAGAAUUAAUCCCAUGGGAAUUGUAGGCUGCAGAUAACAAUGUUUCUAUCACAGAAUUGCUGAUAUUGGAAGGGAACUCUGGUGGUCACUUUGUCCAGUCCACCUGUUCAACCAGGGCCACCCACAGCUAGGUGUUUUUGUGAAAUGAGUAACUUACCGUUAAAGAACGUUCUUCAAAGGUUUUAGCAAGAGCAGUUUUAAUGCGAUCUAUAAAGGCACAACUUAACAAUUCAAUGGCAAGGUUCCUUCUAUUACAUAUUACAUGGAUGACCCAUACAAAGGAAGAUCAAGGUAAAACUGAGCUAGGGAUGAUUGACACAGGGACCAAAGUCACAAAGGGUAAGGGAAACCCUCCUGUUGAAUUACAAGAUUCAGAGUAGACCAUCUUCCUUUCUAAACUCUUGAUGGAACCUAGGUUCAGCAGGAUCUAGUCUUGGUCUUGGAUGUGGUCAAUGGUAUUCAUCUAACGAGUUACAAGUGUCAUUUAGCAGCAGUUUGUGGUUUUAAGGUGCAUCUUAUAAAGUGAGUCAGUGGAAUUUACUGUAAUUUAACAAUCUAUACCUGCCUACAGAUACAUAAAGACAUAUAAAUGUAUACCUGUUAAAAAUUU